CCUCCCCUCCCCUUCCCAAUCCCCAGCUUCCCAACCCGUCUUGGUGGUGCUUUGGGAGGUCAAGAAAAGUAGGGUCCCGCUGUCACUCCCACCACCCCCCCGACCCGACACCCAAUUCAGGAAUCCGCGCCAGUGCCCUUUGCCUACCACCUGGCUCCAGCACGGCGAACCUCCGCCCAUCAUCGCGUUUCCGACGCUGCCCAGCUCCCUCGACCGACUCCCCGACGACAUCAACGUACCGCCAUCAUCGCCCAUUUGCAAUCUCGUAUCGAGUCCUGUCGCACGCGACCUGUCGCAACCGUUUCGAAGACCCGAAUCGCGCCCCUCCCUGCGACUGGAGCCGUGCGCCCGCAACCACCCGACCACGUCCGCCGGAACCAGACGAAGCCGCCGUCGUUCGUCCUCAGGCCGCGGUUUCCGAACGACGACCUGAGCCCGCCUGGCCGCCGCGCAGUCCCCCAAAAGACAAACUUGAGACGGUGGCACACAGCGGGAUGGCUAACCGUCGCCCGUUCAAACUAUGACCUCGAGGCCCCAAAUGGGCGCACCGCCGCGACAAUCUCAACGGGCGGCGCUAGGCUCGACGCUGCCCGUUCAACGCCCUCCGCACCACCAGCGCUCCCUGUCGCAGCAGUACCUCUCCUCCACAUCCACGUCCCCGAGCCGCAAGGACAAUCAGCCUGGGCCAGAAACGACCAGCGAAGCCUCCGACUCCGGCCAGCCUCGCCAUCAUGCUUCCACUCCGAGACGAGGAGGCUCCAAGCUGCGACUUGAGCUAUCCAACGAGCCGAGCGUAGGUUCAACAUCGGCCAUGGGGUCGCCGCAGGCCUUCACGCCGUCGCGCAUGAUGCCCAUAUCCGACGCGAUGGAAAUCGACACCAUGAGCCCCGCCUUGUCCCGGACCUCCCAACAAGACCCCGAUAAUGGACCUGUCCCCAUGCCGAAGCGACGUCCGCAGGCCUCACAACUUCCGAUAACGACACCGCGCACACAAAAUCCUGCACCAGUACAAGCAAAGAAAGACGUCCGACCGAAACCGUACACCAUCGAAGUUCCGAGUGAUGCACCUCGACUUGCAUCGACUAGCAGACAGGAUUCUGUCAGCAGCGAUCUCUUCAGCAAGGGCCUCUUCUCCGGCCACGCCGAUUUCUUUCCUUGGACCGGCAACCACUACGAAGACAAGUGGAGCCCCGAGGCAAUCCAAAAAGGCACAUGGGACAAGGGAAGCCAGAACGAGGCAUCGUCAGCCCGGCUUGCCGUUUUACCGGCGCUGAAGCAGAAGAGUGGCUUGAUCGCCCUAUCCACCAUAUUCAUGGGCGUGCUCAACCAAAGAAGACAUCGUGGCCAAGUCACCGCUCCGUCAACAUUUAAACCACCGCCCCGUGUCACGCUGACCGACACGAAACGAGAAGUGUGGCUCAAAGACCUUGCCAACUCAACCAUUUCCUUGCGGCGGCUUAGCCGAACCAUCCCACACGGUAUCCGGGGACGAACGCUCCUGGAUCAGUGCUUGAACAAAGCGGUACCCACCGAACGCGCAGUCUGGCUUGCCAAAUGUGUCGGCGCCAACGAGAUCAGGGCCUUCAAGCGCAAGGGCGCUGGCGGUGGACUGGUCUUGGGCGGCGAGUGGAAAUGGGUGCGAGACUGGACAGUGUUCGUGGAGCAGUUUGUUGAGGCAACCAUAUCAGCGUUCGGUGAUCCGGACUGGAAAGCCAGAGUGACCUAUGCUAUUCGUCUUGCUACGAAUCUAUACUCGGAACACUUGUUGGAUCGAGACCAUUACUUGGACUGGAUCAUGUCUGGACUGGAGAACAGUCCUCAGUCGAGGCUACCCAUGUGGAUCUUGGUCGCAAAAUUGACCUGGACAGACUUACUCCGGUCACGCAAAUAUGGCCGUAGGCUCGUCUUUGCCUUGCUGGGUCACCUACACAAUAUUCAAAAUGACGUCGAUGGCGACAUACUCAUACAACUAUCAAGCCAAUUAUCCAACCUGCUAAGGACGCUACUCAUGACCUAUCCUGAAAGCUUCGUCGCACCACAGUACUGGGCGAGAUAUCGAGAUGUGUUGAAAGCAGCCUUCAACGUUGACGACACCGCCUGUCAGAGGGCUUACCACAGCGUGAACGCGCGCAAUGCACAACUCACAGUUGCGAACACAUCGUCUCCAGCGGGGCGCCAGUAUCUUGUCCAACUCUUGGACUCGAGCCUGCAGGGUCACCACGACCCGGACUUGGCAAAUAAGUGCUGGGCUACCAGUGAAAACAAGUCGGACACAAUCAAGACGGUCAUUGAAUGGGGCACAUCUCUGCACCGGACUGGCCCGGUCAAGGUCUAUGUGGCCGCGAAGCUCAUAAGGUCAUGGAGUUCUUUCCACAUCAACCCCACAACGGCGGUGCUAGACCUCUUGGGCGAGGUAGCCCAAGGAGACAAGCUACGCAGCAGGGCCAUCUUCAAUCUCGUCGCCGAGCUCGUCCGAUCAGAGGUCUUUUCUGUCCCGCAGUACAUUCAAUGGCUGAUCGGGCGUGGCGGGCUGCAUGAAGCUGCAGACAUUGACCCCGAUAACAGUCCUUGUGCUUCCAGGCUGCUCAUCGAACUCCCGCUUCACUGCAUGUCCGAGGCACAAAAGGCUCAGAGGAGCAACCUGCUUCGGCGGGCCGGCCACUAUUCGACCGUGGAGGAAGCAAAAGACAUUGAAAACGCCUUGAAGUGCAUUGACGAUAGUCUGGGCUUAUCACCUCAUCUUGGCGUUCCGGGUGCGCAACCGAGGCAGGUUCCGAUGCGCAAGCUGCUACGCAUGGUCUCCAGUAGCAGCAAAGCGGUACAGACAUCUAUUGGCGCACACCUCCGGGACGUAUUCAGCGUGGAGCUCCUCGGCAAGCUCGACUCACUCAUUGCAUCGUCCAUGUUCGGAUCAGUACGCCUAAUGCUGGAAACAAUCGAGGAUUACUCGAUGCUGUCGCAGGUCUUGAAGGCCUGCUCUACCAUGCAGGAUCCUGACCUGCUGGCUGCUUCCGCUGAUACCCUUCAGUCUCACCUUGAAAUUUUCACUUGCCUGGACUCGGCCGAUUAUCUAUUUAAUAAUCUCCUUGAUCGCUACAGGGCGAUCACGCGCGACCAAGGAACGGUUACGCGGUCGUUGUUGGCGGCGCUGGCGGGCUUGGCCCAGAGGCUUCCUCAGCGCGAGGAACUUGCGAAGCAAUUACACCGGGAGCUCGUGCAGAGCGACAGAAGCAAUGCGCUCGAUGCUUGUUCUCCCGUCUCGGACAACAUGGCCAUGCAAGCGAUGACUACCGAUGGCGAGGUUUCGGAUCAGAUCGACAAGCUAUUGGCAAGCGGCAAUACCAUAGAUCACCCCACCAUGAACAGGCUGUUCCGAAACAUCAUACCUAAACUCGAAUCUGGAUGGGCGAAAGAGGACGAGAGUCGUAGAAUAUUCGGCUCACUUCUCACUAGACUUCGCAUUUUCGAUGCCCAACACUUCGACAAGCUCAUGGCAGAUUGGGUGAGCCACAGCCGCACCCUCAAGGCGAGGCCGAAACUCUUGUUACUGUUCCCACUCUUGGCAAGUCUCGGAUGUCUACCGAUGACUUCGAUGCUUCACACAGCAAAUGCCGGCCCUCCGUCGAUGGACGAGACAAGUCUGGGGCCCAAUAAGUCACCACCGUCCUCGGCGGUAUACCAAGGGGAGCUCCUGCAGCUACUGGUAAUGCCACUGCCGAAGAGUGCGCCAAUCGACAACGAUGAGAAGUAUCGAUACCACCUCCAACAGAAGGUGACGAGGUCAGAACAUCCAAAGGCGCUUGUCACCCUCAUCCGGAACGCGCUCAUCGAGUACUCGAUGUUGCGAGACAAAGGUGUGCAAAGUAUGCUAUUGGACGAUGCAGCCUUUCAAACAUACGCCCUUGAAACUCUUCGCUACCUCGUCGUGGCCGAUACAACAGCGGUGGCGAACGCGCUCAAUAUCGGCACCUUGCCCGCUGGAGCGAGCGUCAUUGUCAACAAAAUUGUCACUAAGCUGCUUUUUCCUGGCAGCGAUGGGAGCGAACAAGCAUCUUUCGAUAAGAUCCUUGGUCUCGCAAACGAGCUUACGAUGCCGUUCUGCCAGCUGAAGCUCAAUCUGGAUCUUGCGGCAUCGCAUCUCGGGUCAGGAGAACAGGAAGACCAGAGCGUAUCCCAGUUCGACUCUUUUGCGAAGGCGAUGGAUCGAGCCAUCGAAGCUAGGAACAUCAUGUGGACCAGCAUGCUGCCUUGCUUGAGCCAAGACAUUACUCGCAAUUUGAGCAGCCAGGCACACUCUCGAUUUUUGGAUCUCAUCCCAUCGCUGAAGUCGGUACAUUCUGAGGACGAUGCAGCCAGCGAGCAUCGCAUACACCUUGCCGAAAACCUCCUGGGCGUGAUUCAAGCCAUCAUUGCUGGCCUACCACCUCCGAAGGCUGGCCAGCUCUCUCCAGGGCUAGUUGAAAAGCUCACCGACUUGUGGGAGAUCCUGGCGACCAGAGACGAGGCGCUCGAGCCGGCCCGUAAACAAGUCUUGAGACACUGGCUGCCCGCACUUCUGAGGUUCAUUACUGUACAUAGCAUCUCGGCUGAGUCCAUGGCGAACCCCAAUUCGAGCCAGCCCAGCACGGUCAACAGGGCUAUUGUUUCUCCAAGUCAGGAGGCGAGGGCGCGGAUUUGUGUCGCCCUCUGUGGUAUACUUCUCGAGCUGGAUUCCCGACCGGAGACCGCGCAGAGCACGCUGCUUCUGGAGAUAUCGGAUAUCGCAGCCAUUUUAGUGGACGGCCUCCCAGACGAUUUACGGACUCAAUGUGCGAAGGCGGCCCUGUUCCUUCCCGGCACUGCUUCAAGUACAAACACGACAUCCGAUCCACGCAUGUACUACUUAUUUAGCGUGCCUCAACCGACGUGGGCGGACAACCUCCGACUUGCGCAUAGGGACAAGGCAUCUCUCCCUCACAGCGCAGCUGCCAGAGGCAUGGGAGCCAUGUACGGCACCGUGCAGGAGCGCUUAACCCCCUUUGUGCUUCGGCGGUGGGAAAUUCUCAGCGAACCAACGCCCAAUGUCGGGGAGAACGACACAAGCUUGAGUUUAGGCUUGUUCGAAGCCAUUAAGACGCAGUGAUGACUGCCAGCACGAAGAUGAAGCGCAUUUGAUAUGAGGCUUGUAUCACUGUCCACGCUGUUCCGAUACGCCAUUUGUUUUUGUCCAAGGCGUCCCCGGGAGACGCAUCGCACUUUUAUCUGUUCUCUAGCACACCUCCUUGAGGUCUUUACCUUUUUAUUUCAAUUUCCCCCUGUUUUGCAUUUAUCCAUCCGAUGGGGAACGAGGAGAAAUCGCUCACACGACGUUAUGAUCAGCACACUGGAGCAGAAGGAGGAAAGCCGCCGUAUUGCAGCCGGCGCAACCAUGCGGCCAAGGUUGAGUAUGAGUGGUUUCUUGCAGAGCCCGCCCUCCGGGGAAGGACUUGUUUAGCUAUCUUUUUUUUUUUUUUUUUUCUUUUUUUUUGCAUGGCGAUGGUGUGGAGUUGUUUUUGUUGCUGUGUUCCGCCUUCUGCCCCGCCCCGACUUGGACCUGGGCCCUUUGUCGUGCCGGAUGGUGGCAACUUGCAUGUGGCGAGGUACAUUAAAGCCGAUGGUGGACGGGCGGUGGG